GAGCUGGGCGCGGGGCCGCGAACGCCGGGCACGACGCGCUGAGCCACGCUCGCCCGUGUCCGCCACUCCGGCGUGCCCCUCGCGCGGGUGCCUGUGCUGCCGCCUUCCAGCCCCGCCGCUCAGCCGCCUCCGCUUCGCCCGCACCAUGAUCGCCGCGGCUUUCCUCGUCUUGCUGAGACCCUACAGCAUCCAGUGUGCCCUCUUCCUCUUGUUGCUUCUGCUUGGCACCAUCGCCACCAUCGUCUUCUUCUGCUGCUGGCACCGCAGGCUCCAGAAAGGGAGGCAUCCGAUGAAAUCGGUCUUUUCGGGUCGUUCAAGGAGCCGAGAUGCUGUUAUGAGAUCUCACCACUUUCGUUCUGAGGUAAUUUAUUUAGCGCGUGCACUCAAGGGAUUCCGAGCAAGCCCUCGGCAUAUUAGAAGACGAGCUGCAGCAGCUGCAGCUGCCCGUCUGGAAGAAGUAAAGCCCGUGGUGGAAGUUCACCACCAGAGUGAGCAAGAAACUUCAGUGAGGAAACGAAGAAUCAAGAAAAAUAGCCGAGUCCAGGCAGAAUUUUAUCAAUCUGUGCAAGGGGCUCCAAUCAAAAGGCCUAGUUCCGGGAACGCGUCCUGUCGCUGCUCUAUGUCUUCCUCAGCGGAUUUUUCCGAUGAGGAGGAAUUCAGCCAGAAAUCUGGCUCAGCAUCCCCGGCUCCGGGAGACACCUUACCCUGGAAUUUACCUAAACAUGAGAGAUCCAAAAGAAAGAUUCAAGGGGGAUCGGUACUGGACCCCGCCGAGAGGGCAGUGCUUAGGAUAGCAGAUGAACGGGACAAAGUUCAAAAGAAAACAUUUACAAAAUGGAUAAAUCAGCAUCUCAUGAAGGUUCGAAAGCAUGUGAAUGACCUCUAUGAAGACUUAAGGGAUGGACACAAUUUGAUUUCUCUUUUAGAGGUUCUUUCAGGAGAUACUUUGCCCAGAGAGAAAGGUCGGAUGCGUUUUCACAGACUACAGAAUGUACAAAUUGCACUUGACUACUUGAAAAGACGCCAGGUGAAAUUAGUGAAUAUUAGAAAUGAUGACAUAACAGAUGGAAAUCCCAAAUUGACUUUGGGAUUAAUAUGGACAAUAAUUUUGCACUUUCAGAUAUCUGAUAUCCAUGUUACUGGAGAGUCAGAGGAUAUGUCUGCAAAAGAGAGAUUGCUUCUGUGGACACAGCAGGCAACAGAGGGUUAUACUGGAAUACAGUGUGAAAAUUUCACUACCUGCUGGAGAGAUGGAAAACUAUUUAAUGCCAUCAUUCAUAAAUACAGGCCAGACCUGAUAGACAUGAAUACUGUUGCUGUUCAAAGCAACCUUGCAAAUUUAGAGCACGCUUUUUAUGUAGCAGAAAAAAUCGGUGUUUUAAGACUUCUGGACCCUGAAGAUGUUGAUGUCUCCUCACCUGAUGAAAAAUCAGUAAUAACAUAUGUGUCAUCUCUCUAUGAUGCAUUUCCCAAAGUCCCAGAAGGUGGUGAAGGCAUCAGUGCAAAUGAUGUUGAAGUCAGAUGGGUUGAAUACCAGAACAUGGUGAACUAUCUCAUCCAGUGGAUUAGACACCAUGUGACCACAAUGUCUGACAGAACAUUUCCCAAUAAUCCUAUAGAACUGAAGGCACUUUAUAAUCAGUAUUUGCAGUUUAAAGAAACAGAAAUUCCACCAAAGGAGACAGAAAAAUCAAAAAUUAAACGCCUAUAUAAAUUACUAGAAAUUUGGAUAGAAUUUGGACGCAUCAAACUCCUUCAAGGUUAUCAUCCAAAUGACAUAGAAAAAGAGUGGGGGAAACUGAUUAUCGCCAUGCUUGAGAGGGAGAAGGCUCUUCGUCCAGAAGUAGAGAGGUUGGAAAUGUUGCAGCAGAUUGCCAACCGAGUUCAGAGGGACAGUGUCAUCUGUGAAGACAAACUGAUACUUGCCCGGAAUGCUCUCCAGUCUGAUUCUAAAAGAUUAGAAUCAGGGUUGCAGUUCCAGAAUGAAGCAGAAAUUGCUGGGUAUAUGCUUGAAUGUGAGAACCUUUUACACCAGCAGGUAGUUGAUGUACAGAUUCUUAUUGAUGGAAAAUACUACCAAGCAGAACAGUUGGUACAGAGGGUGGCAAAACUCCGUGAUGAAAUUAUGGCCUUAAGGAACAGAUGCUCCUCGGUCUACAGCAAAGGACGCAUGCUGACGACAGAACAGACGAAGCUCAUGAUAUCAGGAAUCACUCAAAGUUUAAACUCAGGAUAUGCACAGACCUUAAACCCCAGUCUGAACGUGGGACUGACCCAGAGUUUAACGCCUUCACUGACACCUUCUAGUGUGACAUCAGGCCUGUCAUCGGGCCUGACUUCUCGCCUCACUCCAUCCAUCACUCCAGCUUAUACACCUGGUUUCCAGUCAGGAUUAGUUCCAAAUUUCAGUUCAGGAGUAGACACAAAUUCUUUGCGAACUCUGAAAUUGAUGCAGAUCCGAAAACCCCUUCUAAAGUCUUCUUUGCUGGAUCAGAAUUUAACAGAAGAGGAAAUCAACAUGAAAUUUGUUCAGGAUCUUUUGAAUUGGGUUGAUGAAAUGCAGGUGCAGCUGGACCGCACAGAAUGGGGAUCAGAUUUGCCAAGUGUUGAAAGCCAUUUGGAAAAUCAUAAAAAUGUCCACCAAGCUAUUGAAGAAUUCGAAUCUAGCCUGAAGGAAGCUAAAAUCAGUGAGAUGCAAAUGACGGCACCUCUUAAACUAACAUAUGCAGAUAAAUUGCACAGAUUAGAGAACCAGUAUGCAAAACUCUUGAAUGCAUCCAGGAAUCAGGAACGGCACCUUGAUACACUCCAUAAUUUUGUAACUCGUGCAACCAAUGAACUUAUUUGGUUAAAUGAAAAAGAGGAGGAGGAAGUUGCUUAUGACUGGAGUGAAAGAAAUACCAACAUAUCUCGGAAGAAAGAUUACCACGCUGAAUUAAUGAGAGAACUUGAUCAAAAGGAAGAAAAUAUUAAAUCAGUUCAAGACAUAGCAGAGCAACUACUUCUGGAAAAUCAUCCAGCACGUUUAACUAUCGAGGCCUACAGAGCGGCAAUGCAGACGCAGUGGAGCUGGAUCUUGCAGCUCUGCCAAUGUGUGGAGCAGCACAUAAAGCAGAACACUGCGUAUUUUGAGUUUUUCAGUGAUGCCAGAGAAGCUACCGAUUACUUAAGGAAUCUAAAAGAUGCCAUUCAGCGAAAGUACAGCUGUGACAGAUCAAGCAGCAUUCACAAGCUGGAAGACCUUGUUCAGGAAUCAAUGGAAGAGAAAGAAGAACUUCUGCAGUAUAAAAGCACAGUGGCAAACCUGAUGGGGAGAGCAAAAACAAUAAUUCAACUGAAGCCAAGGAAUCCUGACUAUCCACUCAAAACUUCUAUUCCGAUUAAAGCUAUCUGUGACUACAGACAAAUUGAGAUAACCAUUUACAAAGAUGAUGAAUGUGUACUGGCAAACAACUCUCAUCGUGCUAAAUGGAAGGUCAUUAGUCCUACUGGGAAUGAGGCUAUGGUCCCAUCUGUGUGCUUCACAGUUCCUCCACCCAACAAAGAAGCAAUUGAGUUUGCAAACAGAAUUGAGCAACUGUAUCAGAAUGUCCUGACUCUUUGGCAUGAGUCUCAUAUAAACAUGAAGAGCGUCGUAUCCUGGCAUUAUCUCAUCAAUGAAAUUGAUAGAAUUCGUGCUAGCAAUGUGGCUUCAAUAAAGACAAUGUUACCAGGUGAACAUCAGCAGGUUCUGAGUAAUCUACAAUCUCGUUUUGAAGAUUUCUUGGAAGAUAGCCAGGAAUCCCAAAUAUUUUCAGGCUCAGAUAUUACACAACUGGAAAAGGAGGUUAAUGUGUGUAAGCAGUAUUAUCAAGAACUUCUUAAAUCUGCAGAAAGAGAGGAGCAAGAGGAGUCAGUUUAUAAUCUCUACAUCUCUGAAGUUCGAAACAUUAGACUCCGAUUAGAAAACUGUGAAGAUCGGUUAAUUAGACAGAUCCGAACUCCACUGGAGAGAGAUGAUUUGCAUGAAAGUGUUUUCAGAAUCACAGAACAGGAGAAACUAAAGAAAGAGUUGGAGCAACUGAAAGAUGAUUUGGGAACAAUCACAAAUAAAUGUGAAGAAUUUUUCAGUCAGUCAGCAACCUCUUCAUCAGUUCCUACCUUACGAUCCGAGCUCAAUGUGGUUAUUCAGAACAUGAACCAAGUCUGUUCUAUGUCUUCCACUUACACAGAUAAAUUGAAAACUGUUAAUUUGGUAUUAAAAAACACUCAAGCUGCAGAAGCCCUCGUGAAACUCUAUGAAGCUAAACUGUGUGAAGAAGAAGCAGUUAUAGCUGACAAGAAUAAUAUUGAGAAUCUAAUAAGUACUUUAAAGCAAUGGAGAUCUGAAGUAGAUGAAAAGAGAGAGGUAUUCCAUGCAUUAGAGGAUGAGUUGCAGAAAGCUAAAGCCAUCAGUGAUGAAAUGUUCAAAACAUAUAAAGAACGGGACCUUGAUUUUGACUGGCACAAAGAAAAAGCAGAUCAGUUAGUUGAAAGGUGGCAAAAUGUUCAUAUUCAGAUUGACAACAGGUUACGGGACUUAGAAGGCAUUGGCAAAUCUCUGAAGUACUACAGAGAUACCUAUCACCCUCUAGAUGAUUGGAUCCAGCAAGUUGAAACUACUCAGAGAAAGAUUCAGGAAAAUCAGCCUGAAAAUAGUAAAACUCUGGCUACGCAGUUGAAUCAACAGAAGAUGCUGGUAUCUGAAAUAGAAAUGAAACAGAGCAAGAUGGAUGAGUGUCAAAAAUAUGCAGAACAGUACUCAACUACAGUGAAGGACUAUGAAUUACAAACAAUGACUUAUCGGGCUAUGGUAGAUUCACAACAAAAAUCUCCAGUGAAACGCCGAAGAAUGCAGAGCUCAGCAGAUCUCAUUAUUCAAGAGUUCAUGGACCUAAGGACCCGCUAUACUGCUCUGGUCACCCUCAUGACACAAUAUGUUAAAUUUGCUGGUGAUUCAUUAAAGAGGCUGGAAGAGGAGGAGAAGACACUGGAAGAAGAAAAGAAAGAGCAUGUUGAAAAAGCCAAAGAAUUGCAGAAAUGGGUAUCAAAUAUCAGCAUGACAUUGAGAGAUGGAGAGAAGGCUGGAAAGUCUCCCUUCUCUAAGCAAAAGAUUUCCAGGGAGGAGAUAUCAGCCAAGAAGGAACAAUUAUCUGAAGCACUUCAAACCAUGCAAAUAUUUUUGUCUAAACAUGGUGACAAAAUGACAGAUGAAGAAAGAAAUGAAUUGGAAAAACAAAUGAAAAUUCUUCAAGAAGGUUAUAAUUUAUUAUUCAGUGAAUCUCUGAAACAACUGCAAGAAUCACAGACCUCAGGAGAUAUAAAGAUAGAGGAGAAGUUGGAUAAAGUGAUUGCAGGUACCAUUGAUCAGACAACUGGAGAAGUCCUUUCAGUCUUUCAGGCAGUUUUAAGAGGCCUCAUUGACUAUGAAACAGGAGUCAGGCUGCUUGAGACACAGCUAAUGAUUUCUGGUCUCAUUUCACCAGAAUUAAGAAAGUGUUUUGACCUCAAAGAUGCCGAAAGUCAUGGUCUUAUUGAUGCACAAAUUCUGUGCCAACUCAAAGAACUAAGUAAAGCUAAGGAAAUUAUUUCUGCUGCAUCACCUACCACAGUUCCAGUGCUAGAUGCUCUGGCUCAAGGUGUGAUAUCAGAAUCCAUGGCCAUUAAAGUUCUUGAGAUACUGCUCUCCACAGGCUUUCUGAUUAUUCCAGCCACAGGAGAACAUCUGACCUUACAGAAGGCUUUCCAACAGAACUUGGUUUCCUCAACAUUAUUUUCUAAAGUCCUGGAAAGGCAAAAAAUGUGCAAAGAUCUCAUUGACCCCUGCACCUCUGAGAAGAUUUCUUUAAUAGAUAUGGUGCAAAGAAGUAUUCUGCAGGAAAACACUGGGAUGCGGCUUCUACCCGUGAGACCACAGGAAGGAGGCAGAAUAACAUUAAAAUGUGGAAGAAACAUAGGCAUUUUAAGGGCAGCUCAUGAAGGUCUCAUAGACCGUGAAACCAUGUUUAGGUUAUUGGGUGCACAGCUUCUUUCUGGAGGUCUGAUUAAUUGUGACUCUGGCCCAAGGAUGACCGUUGAAGAAGCAAUGGCAGAAGGGGUGAUUGACAGAGACACUGCCAACAGCAUUCUCACGUAUCAGGUUCAAACAGGAGGAAUAAUUCACUCAAACCCUGCUAAACGUUUCACUGUAGAUGAAGCAGUCCAAUAUGAUUUAAUAACUUCCAUCAGUGCUCUUUUGAUACUAGAGGCUCAGAGAGGCUAUGUGGGACUCAUUUGGCCCAACUCUGGUGAAAUAUUUCCCACAUCUUCCUCCUUGCAGCAAGAGUUGAUUACAAAUGAAUUGGCAUACAAAAUCCUGAAUGGUAGGCAGAAAAUAGCUGCUCUUUAUAUCCCGGAAACUUCUCAAGUCAUUGGUUUGGAUGUAGCUAAACAGCUAGGAAUUAUAGAUAAUAACACAGCAUCGAUUUUAAAAAACAUGACACUUCCUGAUAAAAUGCCAGAUUUGGGAGAUUUAGAAGCUUGUAAAAAUGCUAGACGGUGGCUCUCCUUUUGUAAAUUCCAGCCAUCUACAGUCCAUGAUUACAGCCAGGAAGAGGGUGUUCUGGAUGGAGAAGAGCCAGCAGCAAUUCAGAGCUCAGAACAAACUAAAAAAUUAUUCCUUUCCUAUUUGAUGAUAAACAGCUAUAUGGAUGCAAACACAGGGAAGAGGCUUUUGCUGUACGAUGGAGAGUUGGAUGAGGCUAUUGCCAUGUUACUGGAAGGCUGUAGUGCAGAAUUUGAUGGGGAGACACCAUCAAAAGAAUUUUUUGAUUUAGGACUCUCUGGUGUAUUCCUUAAUAAUGCUCCAAAUAAUGAAAAGCAUGAAAGUACAGCUUUACCUAGUAAUUUUGAUAAAUGUCAUUGUAGAGAAUCUGAACAUGAAGAAACUACAAAUAAUAGAAAGCCUGCCAUAAAUGAAGAGGUUCAUGCAGUGGAGAAUAAUGUUACCAGUAGUGAAUUUUAUCAGUCAGAAAACUUGGCAAAUAUAAUAUCAACUGAUCAUCAAGUUAAUAACUCAUCUAGUUUGUGUGUUCGCAAUCCCAUAUCAUAUUUAAUACAACCUGAACUUGCAGAAGAUAGCAUGCUUAGACAUGACUCUGAACACAUACUUAAAAACUGUGAAAAUCAAAGUCAAGUUAAAGCCAAUGGACAUGCAGAUAAAACCAAUGAACAUGCAGACUCUGAAAACAGUCAAAACUCUGCCACUGAUUUGAUAACAAACCCCAUUGUGAAAUCAAAACACAGUAGAUUCUGUGAUCUGAAUGAGACAGAAAAUGAAGAUAAUAUAAACAAGGAUUCAGCUAUCUUUGACUAUUCCCCCAGGCUAAGUGCCUUGUUAAUUCAUGAUAAAUUGAGGAAUGAGCAGGGAGGUUUUCAUGAUGUAUAUAUCCCAAAGAGCGAUGGAAAUAAUUGUGAAUCCUCUACAUUGCCAUUAAAUAACCAAACCAUGUUAUUAGGUCAAAGAAUGGGAGAAAAAUUUCAAGACCAGUUUCUGGGAAUCACAGCUAUUAACAUCAGUUUACAGGGAGAACACUGUGGACAAAAGUUUUUAAAUCCUCAGAUACAAUAUCACAAUGACAAAUUAAUUUCGGAUACUUAUGGUGAGGAUGAAAAAAUACUUGCUGCUUCUCAGAAGACUCCUGAAGACAAGCAAAAUGAGUCCGAAAUAGAAGAGCACUCCUGUGCCAUGACUCCAAAGAGUAAUAUUGGUAAUGUCAACACAUCCCAUAUUUGUGGUAUACCAUUGCUUGCAGAGAAUGUCAGUGCUGGUGAUUAUGAAACCUCACUGCUGGAUGAUCGGGAGAGUGACACGGAAACAGACACUGAGAGUGAUGAUGAUUUUUAUGAUACUCCCUUGUUCGAAGAUGAUGACCAUGAUUCUCUUGUUCUUGAAGGUGAUGAUCAUGAUUGUUUGCAACCUGAAGACUAUGACACACUGCGAGAGGAAAAUGAUGGGACUACUCCUCCUGGAGAUGUUUUUUACGAUCUUUCAAAGGAGAAUGAAAAUUACAUGGUUGCCCGGCAGGGACUAUUUGGUAGCUUAAGUGUGAGAGAAAAAAUACUGUCUCCUCAAGAUUUUCUCAUAGCUAUUGAGAAAGUUGAGUUGGAUCCCAUUGAAAAACUGCAUUUAAAGUCAGUUGGCUCAGACAAGGUAAAUGGACGGUUGUUGGAAACUGUAUCAGAAGGGGAAAGUGCAAAUAACCUUGAAGGUGAUACAGCUGAUUCAGUGAUUGAUUAUGAAAGUGUAAGAAGAAAAGAGAACUUCAGUGCUUCCUUGAAACAUGAUGGCACUGACAGUUGGAGAGGGAGAAGAGAUUAUGUAGCUGUACAAGAAUUUAAAGCUGAUGUUGAUUACUUAGAUUAUAUGGAAAAUGAAGAAAGUUAUGGUGAUUACAUAUGUAACAGUAGUGAUCAAGAGAACACUGAUGAUGGUGACGAUGAUGUUGAAGAUGAAGGAGGAGGAGAUGAGAAUGAAAAGCCCAAAUGCCAAAAUGAGAUUGAAAAUAUGGAUAUCCAAUUGUGUGCCACCACAAAUGAAAAUGAAAACAGUGAUGAAAAUCAAACUAUUAAUAAAGUGAUCCUCCUGGGUAAAAUGUACAAUUAUAAUUCUUCAGAAAAACUGCAGAGUGUAAAUGUUUUACAGCUAGAAUCAACUAGUAAAAGUAGCUUAGUUACUGAAGGAAGCAGCCUUUCAGAAUAUACAGCGAAGGUUGUUGGAAAAAGCAAAGAACAUCUGUUGAAUCAUGAGAUGGCAGUUAAGGAUUUAUUGCUACCCAUAGUUAAAGGUAAUGAAUCAAAAAACCCCAGGUCACCUUGUGAGUUAGACAAUGGUCCAGAGAACAUAAAAGUUAAGUUGAUUGAAGGACCAGAAUCUACUCACUCUGUGAAAAGGAGAAAUCCGUAUUUUGAGGAUGUGGCACCUGAAGACAACUCAUCAUUUGAUAAAAUCAUUUUUUCUGGGGCUGAUGUAAUAGGAAAACCUUCUGAGGAAAGCCAUUUGUCAUCCAUAGCAUCUGUAACUGGAAGAGAACUAAUUGAAGGGAGAGAUAGCAAAAAUAAUAUAUUAAUAGAAGAUGAGAUAUCAGUUCAAAAGUUGUGUUCAGGUAAAGGAGAAGUGUUUAUGAAAGGUCUAGUAGAAGAAGAUAAUAAAUAUCUCAAACAUUUACCUAGUAAAAGUACAGGGGAGAGUCUUAAUUUAGUUAAUAUUCAGUUUCCAUUUACACAAAUCACAAAUAAUGAAGAACAUAAUCAGAAAGGAAGCCUCAAAAAUGUGACUGUAACUCUUAAUGAACCAAAGAGUAUACAAUCGAUGGUCAGUAAAAGUCCUGUUCAGUUUGAAAAUCUUGAAGAAAUAUUUGGCACAUCAGUUCACAAAGUCAUCAAUGACAUUACUAUUUUGUCUGAAGGGACUACAGUUAUUGAGAAAGAUUCAUUCACUGAUGAACCUGAGAAAGAACAUGAUUUAUCUAUUUAUUUAAAACAUUGUGCUAAAAAUAUAAAAGCAAAAGAUGUACUGAAACCAAAUGAAGAUAUUUGUCAUUACCCUGAUAAAAAAACAGGCAUAGAAAAUGGGCUAAAGAAGGCUCAACAAACUGAAUUGAAUUCUGAUUUCCCAAGCUGUGUUUUAAUAGCUGCCCCUCCCAUGAAAGAACGCUUACAAUUAGGAGUUAAUAAUGUAAAAGAGAAGGCAACUCUUCCCCAGGAAGACUUACCUCUGAAUGAAAUGGUCCAGUUUCAUAGUAAAGAAUCUGUCUCAGAAGGAGGAACAGAAAUUCCUCAGUUUACACUGGCGAGUAAUGAAACCACCCUUUCAAUCUUACCUCUUAGAAAUGUGGAAGACCUGGGGAAAAAUACUGAAUUUGUGCAGAUUGAACUCUGUACAAAUGAAAUAAGAAAUGAUAACUCUGGUAACACUUCAUACAGUGACUGCUUAUUCUUAGAAAUUAAAGAUAAGAAAGAAAUAAUUGAGCCACAGCCACCAAAAGAAGAACAAGCCUUGUCUCAAGAACUGCAAGAAAAGGACGUUCAGCUUCCUGAAUUCUCUCAGGUAUUGGUUGAGGACUUAAAGGAUAUCUUAAAAAGCAGAUUGAAAGAAGGUCAUAUAAAUCCUCAAGAGAUUGGGGAACCUUCAGCCUAUGUAGACACUAAAGUUUUAAUUCAGAACUUAAUGAAAAGGGUUAGCACAUUACAGUUGGCUAAUGAAGUGUCUAAUAAAUCCAGUGACUCUAAAAUCAGUGACUGUACUGGAAUUUCUCCCAUGAAUAACGCAUCAGAACUAACAGCAGGGGGUAGAGAUAAUCCUUUAUAUAUUGCAAAUCUGAAAUCUGAACAUCUCCUUGAUAUACUGCAGCAAAAUCCAUAUGGCCAAAAAAUUCCAGGAGCAUUUGAGUUGAUGAAAGAAUUAACUCAGAUGGAGUAUGAUCUAGAGAAAAGUGGUAUUCCUUCUGAAGUACUUCUGUUGCAACUUGAAAAUAUUUUCUGCAAGGUGCUUACUGAUAGAUUUUCAUGGAAAGAAGAACAGGUUGGAGACUUGAAUCAAAACUUAUCUUCUACUUCCAAAGAAGUGGAUGAAGAGCCAGCCAUUCUUGGUGACCAAUGUUCCCUUAAUUUAGAAAAUGUGAAAGAAAUUGGACUAGAAAACUCUACUGCAUGUGUGUCAGCAUUAACAAGAGUUGAGAAACUCAAGAAGCUGUGCAAUGAUUCCUCAAACCAUUUGAAAUAUAUUUCAGAGUCAAAAGAAAUAUCUCCUGGAGAUAGCUCUGCAGAACAAUUUUCCAAUGAGUUACAGCAGUGUUUACAGCACACUGAAAAAAUGCAUGAGUAUUUGGCUUUGCUUCAAGAUAUGAAACCUCCCUUAGACAACCAAGAGUCUCUGGAUAACAAUCUAGAAGCUUUGAAAAACCAACUCAAACAGUUAGAGACAUUUGAAAUGGGAUUGGCUCCAAUUGCUGUUAUUUUAAGAAAAGACAUGAAGUUGGCAGAAGAGUUCCUAAAGUCUCUUCCCAGUGACUUUCCCAGAGGACAUCUUGAAGAAUUAAGUAUAAGCCACAGAAGUUUGCAGACUGCCUUCUCUUCCCUCAGUGAAGUGUCUUCAGAAAGAAUAAAACAGAUUAUGCUUGCAAUUGACUCUGAAAUGUCUAAACUAACAGUUUCCCACGAAGAAUUUCUGCAUAAGCUUAAGUCGUUUUCAGUUUGGAUAUCAGAGAAGAGCAAGUCUGUGGAGAAUAUUGAAAUUGUGGAUGUCCAAGAUACUGAACAUGUAAAGAAAAGGUCGGAGUUUCUCAAGAAUGUGUUAAAAGACCUUGGAAAUACCAAAUUGCAGCUGGAGACUACAGCUUUUGACGUGCAAUUCUUCAUUUCUGAAUAUGCACAAGAUCUGUCUCCCAACCAAAGCAAACAACUGCUGAGGCUCUUAAAUACAACUCAGAAGUGUUUUCUUGAUGUACAGGAAUCAGUAACUACCAAGGUGGAACGUUUAGAGACUCAGUUACAGCUAGAACAACAUCUUGAUGAUCAGAAGGUUGUGGCAGAGCGUCAGCAAGAGUACAAAGAGAAACUCCAAGGCAUAUGUGAUCUCCUCACACAAACUGAGAACCGCCUGAUUGGUCAUCAGGAAGCCUUUGUGAUUGAAGAUGGCACAGUUGAGUUAAAGAAGUACCAGUCCAAGCAAGAGGAAUUACAGAAAGAUAUGCAAGGAAGUGCCCAGGCAUUGGCAGAAGUAGUGAAAAACACAGAGAACUUCUUAAAGGAGAGUGGGGAUAAGCUGUCACAAGAAGAUAAGACCUUGAUUGAACAGAAACUUAAUGAAGCUAAGAUAAAGUGUAAACAGCUUAACUUAAAGGCAGAACAGUCAAAAAAGGAGCUGGAUAAAAUUGUGACAACAGCAAUCAAGGAGGAAACUGAAAAGGUUGCAGCUGUGAAGCAGUUGGAAGAGAGCAAAACCAAAAUAGAAAACCUUUUGGACUGGCUGUCAGAUGUUGACAAAGACUCAGAAAGGGCAGGGGCAAACCACAGACAGGUAAUUGAACAGAAUGGGACCCAUUUUCCAGAAGGUGAUGGCAAGUUGACGAUUGGAAAAGAGGAUGAAGUUAAUGGUAAUCUGUUGGAAACUGAUGUUGAUGGACAUGUUGGAACCACUGAGGAGAAUCUGAACCAGCAAUACCAGAAAAUCAAGGCCCAACACGAGAAAAUCCUUUCUCGGCACCAAGCAGUCAUCGUAGCCACUCAGUCUGCACAAGCCUUGCUCGAGAAACAGGGCCACUAUCUCUCUCCUGAGGAAAAGGAGAAACUGCAAAAGAACAUGAAGGAACUGAAAGCUCACUAUGAAACCACACUAGCUGAGUCAGAGAAGAAAAUGAAGUUAACACACUCUCUGCAGGAAGAACUGGAAAAGUUUGAUGCUGAUUAUAGCGAGUUUGAACACUGGCUACAGCAGUCGGAACAAGAACUUGAAAACCUGGAGGCAGCUGCAGAUGACUUCAGUGUUUUAAUGACCAAAUUGAAGAGGCAGAAGAGUUUCUCAGAAGAUGUUAUUUCUCACAAAGGUGACUUGAGAUACAUCACAAUUUCCGGAAAUAGAGUAUUAGAAGCUGCCAAAUCUUGCAGCAAGCGAGAGGAUGGCAAGGUUGACAAGGAUAGUAUCGACACUUCUGCAACCCACAGAGAAGUACAGAGCAAAUUGGAUCAUGCCACCAAUCGGUUCAGAUCACUCUACUCUAAGUGCAGUGUCCUGGGGAAUAAUCUUAAAGACCUGAUGGAAAAAUAUCAACACUAUGAAGAUGCUUCCUGUGGACUUCUUUCUGGGCUCCAGGCCUGUGAGGCCACAGCAAGCAAACACUUAUCUGAACCCAUAGCCGUGGACCCCAAAAACCUGCAAAGGCAAUUAGAAGAGACCAAGGCUCUGCAAGGACAGAUAUCCAGUCAGCAGGUUGCUGUAGAAAAACUGAAAAAAACAGCUGAAGUGCUUUUAGAUGCCAGGGGAUCUUUACUUCCAGCCAAGAAUGAUAUCCAGAAAACACUGGAUGACAUUGUUGGGAGAUAUGAUGAUCUGUCCAAGUCUGUGAAUGAACGAAAUGAAAAACUCCAGAUAACCUUGACUCGCUCACUGAGUGUGCAGGAUGGCUUGGAUGAAAUGCUGGACUGGAUGGGAGGUGUGGAAAGUUCUCUGAAAGAACAAGGUCAAGUGCCCUUAAACUCUGUUGCUCUUCAGGAUAUCAUCAGCAAAAAUAUUAUGUUGGAACAGGAUAUUGCAGGUCGCCAGAGCAGUAUAAAUGCCAUGAACGAAAAAGUAAAGAAAUUUAUGGAAACAACGGACCCAUCCACUGCAUCCUCACUGCAAGCCAAAAUGAAGGACUUGUCUGUUCGGUUUUCAGAAGCAAGUCAUAAACACAAAGAGAAACUUGCCAAAAUGGAGGAGCUAAAAACCAAAGUAGAACUGUUUGAGAGCCUUUCAGAAAAGCUCCACAUGUUUUUGGAAACAAAAACUCAGGCUCUUACUGAGGCAGAUGUGCCAGGAAAAGACGUUAGUGAAUUGUCUCAGUAUAUGCAGGAAUCAACUUCUCAAUUCUUAGAACACAAGAAAGAUCUUGAAGUUUUGCAGAGUCUUUUGAAGGAGAUAGCUAACCAAGGCUUGCCAGGAGAUAAAGCUCUGGUUUUUGAAAAAACAAAUAAUUUGUCAAAGAAAUUCAAAGAAAUGGAGGACACCAUCAAAGAAAAAAAAGAAGCUGUGUCUUCUUGUCAAGAACAGAUGGAUGCUUUCAAGGUCCUUGUCAAAUCUCUAAAGUCAUGGAUAAAAGAAACAACAGAAAGAAUUCCCAUUAUGCAGUCUUCUUUUGGUGCAGAUGAUUUAAGAAAAUCUUUGGAAGAAACCAAGAAAUUACAAGAAGAGUGGAGUUUAAAAACACCAGAGAUUCAGAAAGUAAACAUCAGUGGGAUCUCACUAUGUAACCUGAUUAGUGCUGUGACUACCCCUGCCAAGGCAAUAGCAGCAGUUAAAUCAGGUGGAGUAAUAAUAAAUGGUGAAGGAACAGCCACAGAUACUCAGGAAUUUUUGGCAAAUAAAGAAUUAAUGCCAAUUAAAAAGAAUAUGACUGACAUAAGUCAUGAUUAUGAAGAUCUUGGCCUCUUACUCAAGGACAAAAUGGCCGAGCUGAAUAUUAAACUCUCCAAAUUGCAAAAGGCUCAGGAAGAAUCAAGUGCAAUGAUGCAGUGGUUACAGAAAAUGAACAAAACAGCAACAAAAUGGCAUCAGACACCUACACCUACAGAUAGUGAAGCUGUGAAGACUCAAGUUGCACAGAAUAAGUUGUUUGAGGCAGAACUGAAGCAAAAUGUAAAUAAAGUGCAGGAGUUGAAAGACAAAUUGACAGAGCUGUUGGAAGAGAACCCAGAUACUCCUGAGGCCCCCAAAUGGAAACAGAUGUUGGCAGAUAUUGAUUCUAAGUGGCAAGAACUCAAUCAAUUAACAGUUGAUAGACAACAAAAACUGGAAGAAUCUUCCAAUACUCUAACUCAAUUCCAGACCAUAGAGGCCCAGUUAAAACAGUGGCUCCUGGAAAAAGAACUGAUGGCCAGUGUCCUUGGGCCUUUGUCAAUUGACCCAAAUAUGCUAAACACACAAAAGCAGCAGGUGCAGAUUCUACUGCAAGAAUUUGAUACUAGGAAGCCCCAGUAUGAACAGCUAACAGCAGCUGGUCAGAGUAUUCUAAGCAGACCUGGUGAACACCCUUCUUUGCAUGGCAUUGUGAAAGAGCAACUGGCAGCUGUGACCCAAAAAUGGGAUAGCCUAACAGGACAAUUGAGUGACAGAUGUGACUGGAUUGACCAAGCCAUUGUUAAAAGUACACAGUAUCAAAGCCUGCUGAGAAGCCUUUCUGAUAAACUGAGUGACUUGGAUAAUCAACUCAGCACCAGUCUGGCUGUCAGCACACACCCUGAUGUUAUGAAACAACAGUUGGAAACAGCCCAGAAAACGAAGCAGGAAAUAGAGCAGGAAACAAAGCAGAUAAAAGUGGCCCAGGAACUCUGUGAGGAUUUGUCAGCUCUGGUUAAAGAGGAGUACUUGAAAGCAGAACUUAGUAGGCAACUAGAAGGCAUCUUAAAGUCAUUUAAGGAUAUUGAACAAAAAGCAGAGAAUCAUGUCCAGCACCUUCAGUCAGCCUGUGCAAGCUCUCAUCAGUUUCAGCAAAUGUCUAAAGAUUUUCACGCUUGGCUGGAUGCAAGGAAAGAAGAACAAAACAAGUCUCAUCCAAUAUCAGCCAAACUUGAUGUCUUAGAAUUAUUAAUUAAAGAUCAGAAAGACUUUAGUAAAACUUUGACUGCCCAGUCUAGUAUUUAUGAAAAAACUCUUGCAGAAGGUGAAAAUCUGUUACUAAAAACUCAAGGGUCUGAGAAGGCAGCCUUACAAUUACAACUUAACACAAUUAAAACCGAUUGGGAUGCAUUAAAUAAACAUGUGAAAGAAAGAGAGGACAAGCUAAAAGAUUCAUUGGAAAAAGCCCUCAAGUAUAAAGAGCAUGUAGAGACUCUCCAGCCAUGGAUAGACAAGUGUCAAAACAACCUGGAGGAUAUAAAGUUUUGCUUGGAUCCUAACGAAACAGAGAAUUCUAUUGCCAGGUUAAUGUGUCUGCAGAAAGAAAUGGACCAACACUUUGGGAUGGUAGAAUUACUAAACAAUGCAGCCAAUAGCUUGCUCAGUGUUUGUGAGAUAGAUAAAGAGAUUGUUACAGAUGAGAAUAAAUCACUGAUCCAGAAGGUAGACACGGUCACUGAACAACUUCACAGUAAGAAAUUCUUUCUGGAGAACAUGUCCCAGAAGUUUAAAGAAUUUCAAGAAAUUUCCCUAGAAGCUAAAAGGCAACUUCAGUGUGCAAAGGAACAGCUGGAUGUCCAUGAUUCCCUAGGACCCCAGGCUUUCAGUAACAAAUACCUGACCAUGAUGCAGACUCAGCAGAAAUCACUUAAGACCUUGAAGGAUCAGGUAGAUCUGGCCAAAAGACUUGCACAGAACCUUGUGGUAGAAGCCUCAGACUCAAAGGGAACAUCUGAUGUCUUACUACAAGCAGAUUCUUUAGCUCAAGAACAUAGUGCAUUAAGCCAGCAGGUUGAUGAAAAGUGUUCAUUCUUGGAAACCAAACUUCAGGGCAUUGGGCAUUUCCAGAAUACUAUCCGAGAAAUGUUUUCUCAGUUUGCGGAGUUUGAUGAUGAACUGGAUAGCAUGGCUCCAGUGGGGAGAGAUGUAGAAACAUUGCAAAAGCAAAAGGAAGCUAUUAAAACCUUUCUGAAGAAACUGGAGGCCCUUAUAGCAAGCAUUGACAAUGCCAAUAAGACCUGCAAGAUGAUUCUAGCCACAGAGGAAACCUCUCCUGACCUUGUUGGAAUCAAAAGGGAUUUGGAGGCUUUAAGCAAACAGUGCAACAAAUUGCUGGACCGAGCACGAACAAGAGAAGAGCAGGUUGAAGGGACUAUUGAUCGUCUCGAAGAAUUCCACAGCCAACUGAAAGAAUUUUCUACUCUGCUUCAGAAAGCUGAAGAACAUGAGGAGUCACAAGGCCCUGUUGGUAUGGAAACGGAGACAAUUAAUCAACAGCUUGACAUAUUCAAGGUUUUCCAGAAAGAAGAGAUUGAACCAUUGCAGGUUAAACAGCAAGAUGUGAACUGGUUAGGUCAAGGCCUCAUUCAGAGUGCUGCGAAAAGUACCAGCACUCAAGGUUUGGAGCAUGACCUGGAUGAUGUCAACACACGCUGGAAGACUCUCAAUAAGAAGGUGGCUCAGCGAGCAGCCCAGCUGCAGGAGGCCCUGCUGCACUGUGGGAGGUUCCAGGAUGCCCUGGAGUCCCUGCUUAGCUGGAUGGUGGACACCGAGGAGCUUGUGGCCAAUCAGAAGCCCCCAUCUGCCGAGUUCAAGGUGGUGAAGGCCCAGAUACAAGAGCAAAAGCUUCUCCAAAGAUUGUUGGAUGACCGCAAAUCUACUGUGGAGGUAAUCAAACGAGAGGGCGAAAAAAUUGCUGCAACAGCAGAACCUGCAGAUAAAGUGAAGAUUUUGAAACAGCUGAGUCUCUUGGAUAGUAGAUGGGAGGCAUUGCUUAAUAAAGCAGAAACCAGGAAUCGUCAGUUGGAAGGUAUCUCGGUGGUAGCACAGCAAUUUCAUGAAACCGUAGAACCACUGAAUGAGUGGCUUACAACCAUAGAAAAGAGGCUUGCGAACUGUGAACCUAUAGGAACCCAAGCGUCUAAACUUGAGGAACAAAUCGCACAGCACAAAGCCUUAGAAGAUGACAUCAUCCGUCACAGUAAACAUUUACACCAGGCUGUUAGCAUUGGCCAGUCCUUAAAAGUUUUGAGUUCCAGGGAGGAUAAAGAUAUGGUGCAGAAUAAAUUAGACUCCUCUCAAGUGUGGUACAUUGAGAUUCAAGAGAAAAGUCACAGCAGGUCUGAGCUCCUCCAGCAGGCCUUAUGUAAUGCUAAGAUUUUUGGGGAAGAUGAAGUUGAGCUGAUGAACUGGCUGAAUGAAGUACAUGACAAACUGAGCAAGCUCUCAGUCCAGGAUUACAGCACUGAGGGGCUAUGGAAGGAGCAGUCUGAACUUCGGGUUCUUCAAGAAGACAUCCUACUCAGGAAACAAAAUGUAGAUCAGGCAUUACUAAAUGGUUUAGAACUACUUAAACAAACAACAGGUGAUGAAGUUUUAAUAAUUCAAGAUAAAUUGGAAGCCAUUAAAGCAAGGUACAAAGACAUUACUAAGUUGAGCAUCGAUGUGGCCAAGACUCUGGAACAGGCACUGCAGCUUGCUAAGCGGCUGCACUGCACACACGAAGAGCUCCGUGCAUGGCUGGACAAAGUGGAGGUGGAAUUACUUUCCUACGAAACUCAGGUUCUGACCGGAGAAGCAAUAAGCCAAGCUCAAGAAAGACACAAAGAACUGAAAAAGGAAGCUAAGAACAACAAAGCCUUAUUGGAUUCCCUUAAUGAAGUGAGCAGUGCUUUACUGGAACUGGUACCAUGGAGGGCGAGGGAAGGGCUUGAAAAACUGGUGGCCGAAGACAAUAACCGCUACCGAUUAGUGAGCAACACCAUCACUCAGAAGGUGGAGGAGAUCGAUGCCGCCAUUCUGAGAUCUCAGCAGUUUGACCAAGCAGCUGAUGCUGAGUUAUCCUGGAUUGCUGAAACAAGAAAGAAAUUGAUGUCUCUGGGUGACAUUAGGCUUGAGCAAGACCAGACCUCUGCUCAGCUGCAGGUUCAAAAGACAUUCACCAUGGAGAUUUUGAGACACAAGGAUAUUAUUGAUGAACUUGUUAAAUCUGGGGAUAAAAUCAUGACCACAUGCAGUGAAGAGGAAAAGCAGUCUAUGAAGAAAAAACUGGACAAGGUAUUGAAGAACUAUGAUGCCAUCUGCCAGAUAAACUCAGAGAGGUAUCUACAGCUGGAACGAGCACAGUCCCUGGUUAACCAGUUCUGGGAAACAUAUGAAGAACUUUGGCCAUGGUUGACAGAAACACAAAGAAUCAUCUCUCAGCUUCCUGCACCAGCUCUUGAAUAUGAAACUCUAAGACAACAGCAGGAAGAACACCGGCAACUGCGAGAGUUGAUAGCUGAACACAAGCCUCAUAUAGAUAAGAUGAACAAAACUGGGCCACAGUUACUGGAAUUGAGCCCAGGGGAAGGCUUUUCUAUCCAAGAGAAGUAUGUAGCAGCUGACACCCUUUACAGUCAAAUUAAAGAAGAUGUCAAAAAGCGUGCUGUGGCACUGGAUGAAGCCAUUUCUCAGUCCACUCAGUUCCACGACAAGAUAGAUCAGAUACUUGAGAGCCUGGUACGCAUCGUGGAGCGUUUGAAGCAACCUCCUUCCAUCUCUGCUGAGGUCGAGAAGAUUAAGGAGCAGAUCAGUGAAAAUAAGAAUGUGUCAGUGGACAUGGAAAAGCUACAACCAUUGUAUGAAACUCUUAAACAGAGGGGAGAGGAAAUGAUUGCUCGAUCUGGGGGCACUGAUAAAGACAUAUCUGCCAAAGCUGUUCAGGAUAAGCUUGACCAAAUGGUUUUCAUUUGGGAGAACAUACAUGCAUUGGUAGAAGAAAGGGAAGCCAAACUGCUGGAUGUGAUGGAACUAGCAGAAAAAUUCUGGUGUGAUCACAUGUCAUUGAUAGUUACCACUAAAGAUACACAAGAUUUCAUCCGGGACCUGGAGGAUCCUGGAAUUGAUCCCUCAGUAGUAAAACAGCAGCAAGAAGCAGCAGAGGCCAUAAGGGAAGAAAUAGAUGGACUACAAGAAGAACUGGACAUGGUCAUUACCCUAGGCUCUGAACUCAUCUCCGCAUGUGGAGAACCUGAUAAACCCCUUGUCAAGAAGAGCAUAGAUGAGUUAAAUUCUGCAUGGGAUUCUCUAAAUAAAGCUUGGAAGGACCGGGUUGACAAACUUGAUGAGGCGAUGCAGGCUGCUGUUCAGUACCAGGAUGGACUGCAGGCAAUAUUCGACUGGGUAGAUAUUGCAGGUGGUAAAUUAGCUUCAAUGUCACCAAUCGGAACAGAUCUUGAAACCGUCAAGCAGCAGAUUGAAGAGCUAAAGCAAUUUAAGUCAGAGGCCUAUCAGCAACAGAUAGAAAUGGAAAGACUGAACCAUCAAGCAGAGCUUUUGCUGAAGAAAGUAACAGAAGAGAGUGACAAACACACUGUUCAAGACCCAUUAAUGGAACUGAAAUUGAUAUGGGAUAGCCUGGAUGAAAGAAUUAUCAACAGACAGCAUAAGCUGGAGGGUGCUCUGUUAGCUCUGGGGCAGUUCCAACAUGCUCUGGAUGAGCUUUUGACAUGGCUGACAAACACCGAGGGCUUGCUAGGUGAACAGAAACCUGUUGGAGGAGACCCUAAAGCCAUUGAAAUUGAACUUGCCAAGCAUCAUGUUCUCCAAAAUGAUGUUUUAGCCCAUCAGUCCACAGUGGAAGCAGUUAAUAAAGCAGGAAAUGAUCUAAUUGAAUCAAGUGCAGGAGAAGAAGCAAGCAACCUUCAGAACAAGCUUGAGGUUUUAAAUCGACGCUGGCAAAAUGUUUUGGAGAAAACAGAACAAAGGAAGCAGCAGCUGGAUGGUGCCUUGCGCCAGGCCAAAGGGUUCCAUGGAGAAAUUGAGGAUUUGCAGCAGUGGCUGACCGAAACAGAACGUCAUCUCUUGGCAUCCAAACCUCUGGGAGGGUUACCGGAAACAGCCAAGGAGCAGCUUAAUGCCCAUAUGGAAGUCUGUGCUGCCUUUGAAGUUAAAGAAGAAACAUAUAAGAGUCUUAUGCAGAAAGGCCAGCAGAUGCUUGCAAGAUGCCCCAAAUCUGCAGAGACAAAUAUUGACCAAGACAUAAAUAACUUGAAAGAAAAAUGGGAAUCGGUGGAAAUGAAGCUCAAUGAAAGGAAAACUAAACUGGAAGAGGCCCUCAAUUUGGCAAUGGAGUUUCACAAUUCUCUCCAAGACUUCAUCAACUGGCUUACCCAGGCUGAACAGACUCUAAAUGUAGCCUCUCGGCCAAGUCUUAUUCUAGACACAGUCUUGUUUCAAAUCGAUGAACACAAGGUCUUUGCCAAUGAAGUGAAUUCUCACCGUGAGCAGAUAAUAGAGCUGGACAAAACUGGAACCCACUUGAAAUAUUUUAGUCAAAAACAAGAUGUUGUCCUAAUUAAGAAUCUGCUUAUCAGCAUACAGAGUCGAUGGGAAAAAGUGGUUCAACGAUUAGUAGAAAGAGGAAGAUCUUUGGAUGAUGCAAGGAAGAGGGCCAAGCAGUUCCAUGAAGCAUGGAGUAAACUUAUGGAGUGGCUAGAAGAAUCAGAAAAGUCUUUGGAUUCUGAACUGGAAAUCGCCAAUGAUCCAGACAAAAUAAAAACACAACUUACCCAGCAUAAGGAGUUUCAGAAAUCCCUUGGAGCCAAGCAUUCUGUCUAUGACACCACUAACAGAACUGGACGGUCUCUGAAGGAGAAAACCUUCCUGGCUGGUGACAAUCUGAAACUUGAUGACAUGCUGAGUGAACUCAGAGACAAAUGGGAUACUAUAUGUGGAAAAUCUGUGGAAAGACAAAACAAAUUGGAGGAAGCCCUGUUAUUUUCUGGACAAUUCACAGAUGCCUUGCAGGCCCUCAUUGAUUGGUUGUACAGAGUUGAACCCCAGCUGGCGGAAGACCAACCUGUCCAUGGAGACAUUGAUUUAGUGAUGAAUCUGAUCGAUAAUCACAAGGUGUUCCAAAAGGAGCUGGGGAAAAGAACUAGCAGUGUGCAGGCCCUGAAGCGCUCAGCCCGAGAACUGAUCGAAGGCAGCCGAGACGACUCCUCCUGGGUCAAGGUCCAGAUGCAAGAAUUAAGUACACGCUGGGAGACUGUGUGUGCACUCUCUAUAUCAAAGCAGUCACGGUUAGAAGCAGCCCUACGUCAGGCAGAGGAAUUUCACUCAGUGGUACACGCCCUCUUGGAGUGGCUGGCAGAGGCAGAGCAAACCCUUCGUUUCCAUGGCGUUCUCCCAGACGAUGAGGAUGCUCUUCGGACACUCAUUGAUCAACAUAAAGAAUUCAUGAAGAAACUGGAAGAGAAAAGAGCUGAACUAAAUAGAGCCACAGGUAUGGGAGAUGCUGUUUUGGCCAUCUGCCACCCUGAUUCCAUCACCACCAUUAAGCACUGGAUCACAAUCAUCCGGGCGAGGUUCGAGGAGGUGCUGGCAUGGGCAAAGCAACAUCAGCAGAGACUGGCAAGCGCCCUGUCUGGGCUCAUUGCUAAACAGGAAUUGUUGGAAGCUUUACUGGCGUGGUUGCAAUGGGCUGAAACUACACUUAGUGAUAAGGAUAAGGAAGUCAUCCCCCAGGAGAUUGAAGAGGUGAAAGCCCUCAUUGCAGAACACCAGAGCUUCAUGGAGGAAAUGACCAGAAAACAGCCUGAUGUAGAUAAAGUCACCAAGACCUACAAGAGGAGAACAGCUGACCCUUCCUCGCUGCAGUCCCAUAUUCCAGUCCUGGAUAAGGGACGAGCAGGAAGAAAACGCUUCCCAGCAUCAAGUUUAUAUCCCUCUGGAUCACAGGCACAAAUAGAAACCAAGAAUCCCAGGGUAAACUUGUUGGUGAGCAAAUGGCAACAAGUCUGGCUCCUCGCUUUGGAAAGAAGGAGAAAGCUUAACGAUGCCUUGGACAGACUAGAGGAGUUGAGGGAAUUUGCUAACUUUGAUUUUGAUGUCUGGCGCAAAAAAUACAUGCGAUGGAUGAAUCACAAGAAAUCUCGAGUGAUGGACUUCUUCAGGAGAAUCGAUAAAGAUCAAGAUGGAAAAAUAACACGACAAGAAUUUAUCGAUGGAAUUCUUUCUUCAAAGUUCCCCACCAGUCGCCUAGAGAUGAGUGCAGUUGCAGACAUCUUUGACAGAGACGGCGAUGGAUAUAUUGACUACUAUGAAUUUGUAGCAGCUCUUCACCCAAAUAAAGAUGCAUACAAACCUGUCACCGAUGCUGACAAAAUUGAAGAUGAGGUGACAAGGCAGGUAGCGAAGUGUAAAUGUGCAAAACGAUUUCAAGUUGAGCAGAUUGGAGAUAACAAAUACAGGUUCUUCCUGGGAAAUCAGUUUGGAGACUCCCAGCAGCUGCGGCUUGUUCGGAUCCUACGAAGUACUGUAAUGGUCCGUGUUGGAGGUGGAUGGAUGGCACUUGAUGAGUUCUUGGUGAAAAAUGAUCCUUGCAGGGUUCAUCAUCAUGGGAGUAAAAUGUUACGUUCGGAAUCAAACUCUUCAAUUACUACUACUCAGCCUACUAUAGCCAAAGGAAGGACAAACAUGGAACUGCGUGAGAAGUUCAUUUUAGCAGACGGUGCCAGUCAGGGUAUGGCUGCUUUCCGACCCCGGGGCCGAAGAUCCCGGCCUUCAUCACGAGGAGCUUCACCAAACCGAUCCACUUCCGUGUCCAGUCAGGCUGGUCAGGCGGCCUCCCCACAGGUCCCAGCCACCAGCACGCCGAAGAUUCUCCAUCCUUUAACACGCAAUUAUGGUAAACCAUGGUUGACAAACAGCAAAAUGUCAACUCCUUGUAAGCCAGCAGAGUGCUCAGACUCUCCCGUGUCAUCUGCAGAGGGAACACCAAUACAAGGAAGCAAGCUUCGACUUCCAGGAUAUUUAUCAGGGAAAGGCUUCCACUCUGGGGAAGACAGUGGCUUGAUAACUACCGCAGCCUCCAGAGUCCGAACACAAUUUGCUGAUUCUAAGAAGACUCCUAGCCGACCAGGAAGCCGAGCCGGAAGCAAAGCUGGCAGUAGGGCCAGCAGCCGCCGAGGCAGCGAUGCAUCAGACUUUGACAUUUCAGAAAUCCAGUCUGCAUGCUCGGAUGUUGAGACUGCCCCCCAAACACACAGACCUACACCCCGAGCAGGUUCUCGGCCAUCCACAGCCAAGCCUUCCAAAAUCCCCACACCCCAGAGGAAGUCACCUGCCCGCAAAUUGGACAAGUCCUCAAAAAGAUAGUGCAAUUGGUUCCACCAAGGCCCUUCCUUGAGCAUUUAUUAUUUAAGUUUGAAAGAUGUAAAAUAUGAUGUAGAAAUUAUUGUGAAAUAUUGCCAGAGCUGCGUUUAAAAUCUGCAGAUGGCCUUAUUUGUGUAUUUGUCUUUUUAUUUUAUCUGUAUAAUUUUUGUCAAAUAUUCUGGGGUUAAAGUCACAUCAUAUGUGAGGGGGAAGAGAGAGUUUAACAUGAACUAACUUUUUCGCACUGUAAUGUGCGGAGCAUACACUAAAAUUUUACUGUACCUACAGGUAAGUCUACAUCCUCUCUGACAACUACUUUACUACAUUGGUAGCUGACAUUAAGGAUACCUCAUGACACUAUCUAGUUUUUAAUGGAAACUGAAAAGUCAAAAGACACACACAGGGAUCUAUUGGAGAUGAUUUAAAUCUACACUAAUAGAUGGAGAGCAGAAAGACAAACAUAUUCACACCCAGUAGUUUAAACAGUAUCUGACAGAGAACCCACAGAAACUUACCUUAAGCACUUGCCAGACUUUGAUAUUCAAGUACCUUGCAGCAUUUCUGUGCCAUCACUUUAAAUGAGGCCACAGGCAUCUUGGAUAUUGGACCUAUUAUACUGUAAGAAUAUAAUUAUAAUAAAGUGCAUUCAUAAUAAAUGUGAGGUUUUCUUUUGCUUGAGUGGACAGUAGCACCUGUAUCAUUGAAUUCAUUUUGUAUCAAAGCAAUUUUGCUUGCAGAAAGCUAUGAAGCUAUGAAAUAAACAUGUCCCCUUAACUACA